GACAUCUCGACGUUACGAUAAAAAUAACACGAUGAUACGACAGAAUAAAGUGUCGUAUGAUUGCGUCAAUACUGUCGUGAUGUCGUGUUGUCGCGUUAUGAAAGGGCGAGAUUUAACAUGGCCACUAUCAGCCACCAUAGGUCAGGUUACCGGAAACAUAACAUUUUGUUUUUGGCCUAAUUGCGACUUUGUCGACCGACAGCGUGUGUCCUGGCCCAGUCGAUGCAGUACAAGUAGAACGUUAAACCCCAUUUCAUUUCUUUUAGAGUUGUUGUACAAGUUUCUUUAAGCAUGCAAAAAAAACUCCCAAAAAACCCAAACAAUUUGUGAUGUUGAGGUGUGGCACGGUGCACAAAAAACCUGGGAAUCGCCAUGAUUCAUUCGUCCGUUUGUUGGACGUGCCGAUUAUAAUAUGUGCGAAUGAAUCAAGUGCACAAGCUUCCUUCGUUAAUCGCCCUGUGUCUCUUUUUUUUUUGACAAAUAAUAAUUUAUCCUUAUUAAAAAAAAAGCUGAUAAUUUAUUUGGUUUGGUUCAGAAAUAGGAAAUUUUAUAUUUUAAUUUCCAUGUAAAAGAAAACCACUCUUCUACGAAAAUCCAAAGUAUGGACGUUUAGCAGUACCGGUAGCACAUUUUCAUCUAAAUUCCACUGACAGUCAGUCAGUCUAGGCCCACUCUUACACAGUGCAGUCCAGUUCAGUCCAGUCAGCCUUGGCAUUGUUUGCAGUUUAACACUUUAUGGUUAAGGGUUGGCCUACUCUAAAUGUGUUUUAAUAUAUUAACUGUACGGAAGUGAAGUUAUUCAACAUGAGCAUUUGAAUGGUUGAGCACUAUAAAGUAGCAUUACUCAUUUCCUGAUUUAAAGAGUAAACAAAGUUAUAAUACAUUGUAUGAGAAUUACAGUUUUAACUUAACAAACGACUGAAGGAAAAUUGACAUUUUCAGUGAUAUUUUACCCAUCAGCCUUUGCUAAAAUGUGUUUUUGUUAUGAUAGUCAAAUCAAAAUAUUUGCUUAAUGUUUUCAAUGAGGUUAGCAGACAUAGAUAAUGACACCCACUAAAUGGAAAGCUCUACUUUUCUUUGUGAUAUUUUUGUCGGUUUCAGGAUUUUUCUACACUCAAUAUUAUAGCGAAUGUUUUCUGAGAAAUUGUCCUCAUCUAAAAUAUGUCGGUGAGGAUGCAUCUCGACUUUUAGAUACAACUAAUGAAUCCCGGAAAUUGAGCAAAAAUGAUAUUGAUUUUGAAAAGGAAGACGUGAUUGUAUUUCUUCACAUUCAGAAAACCGGGGGAACCUUUUUUGGAAGGAAUCUUGUGAAAAAUUUAGCGGUUGAUCCACCCUGCAUCUGUGGACUCAAGGGGAAAAAAAGGUGCGAUUGUUUUACAAAGAAUAGAAAAAUUUGGUUAUUUAGUCGCUAUUCUACUGGCUGGCUGUGUGGUCUUCAUGCUGAUUGGACAGAACUUAAGUCAUGUGUGGAUGCUAAAAUGGAUCAAAAGGAAGGACGACACCGUAAUAGAAGAUUUCAUUAUAUUACUGUACUAAGAAAUCCAAUACUUCGCUAUCUUAGUGAAUGGAAGCAUGUUGCACGGGGAGCCACAUGGAAAGGUUCAAGACUUUAUUGUAACGGACGUGAAGCAACUUUAGAGGAGGUUCCGUUUUGUUAUGAGGAUUCUGAUUGGAUGGAUGUUACCCUUGAGGAAUUUUUAGACUGUCCGCACAAUCUAGCAAAUAAUAGACAAACUCGCAUGUUAGCGGAUUUAAGUAAAGUUAAUUGUUAUAACACGACUACAAUGAGUUCGAAGGAAAGAGAUUUCAAAAUGUUACAAAGUGCCCAAAAAAAUCUUCAAGACAUGGCAUACUUUGGACUAACGGAAUAUCAGAAUUAUUCCCAGCUUUUGUUUGAGGAAACAUUUAACGUGCCCUUUAUUGAUGACUUUGAACAAAAAGAAGACACAAAAGGAAGUAAAGUGAAGAUAGAUUCUUACCUUGAGAGACUAACGGAAAGGAAUCAUUUAGACAUUAAACUAUAUGAGUUUGCUAAAGAUCUGUUCUUUUGGCGAGUACAUAAUAUACUCAAUAUUACUGUUUGAUGAAAUUUAAUUUUCAUUUGUAUUUUAUUAUCAGACUGAAUCGUUCUACCGUUUCAGUGGUCUAUAACACAUGUAGCUAGAGCUGCCACCAUACAUGUACCUGUAUAUCAUUCAGUGCAUGGUGAUUCACCAUCUCGUACCUCGCUGUAUGAGUAUCAAGAUGCUCCUUUGAUUCUUCAACCCCAUCUUUUUCUCUUACAAACUAGGUCAAUUCGUUACAACACAUCUUUAACUACAAGUACAUGUAGGGUACUAUACACGUACAGUACAUGUAGCAAUGGGAGGAAACUGCAUGACCAGGUGAAAACCAAGACGACUGAACUAGAGAACUUACUCUUUGUCAUAUGCUAUCUGUGAAUCAAAACCAAGCCAUUUGACACAUUGGCAGGGAGAAAGGUCCCACAAUUCAAUCUAAUUAUUUUUAUAAUUUAUGUAAAUGUACUGUGUACAUUGUAUAACAUAUUUAUUUUAUAGUUUUUAUAUGCCCACAUUGAAAUGUGUUGUAUAUUGUCUACACCCCCAUCCGGUAGUCCAGCAUCCACAAUUGCUAGUAGACUCUCUAGAGGCUGAAGAUAAUAACUGAUUGACUUUAAAUUUAUACAUAGUGUUUGCAGUCAUGAGACGAAAAAUCCUAUUACUUUUCACUACUAGAGUUAUGACUUGAUUACUUGAGAAAUCUUAUGGAUGUUAUAGAGGCUAAAGUUAAUAUAAAUUCAAACUCAUGAGAUAAACAAUCGAAAACAAAUGAUUUCUGAUAAUUACGUAAAGGGUUAUUACUCGUAAUCAGAUUUAAGUGUUUUGUAAAUGUUUCCAUUACUUACAAAAAUAAAAAAUAUGUGACAACCCUUGUUGCCUGCUUGGACGACUUAGCUGCUAUGGACGUAUGGUUAUUUUAGUUUCCUUUCAACCUAUCUUUUUUUUUAUUCACAAGGAAUGGUCACACAUCAUGUGAGCAUCAAAGCAAUUCACUAUAGCAAUAGAAAUAUCUGAUAAACAAAAUGGGCUAAUCUAAGCUAUCUCACCUCAAAUUUUCAAAAAGUAAUAUAUGAUCGGUGCUGGCAAAUUGAGUUUCGAUGAGGAAAUUUUGAAAAUUGAGGUAUUGUUAUUUUCACAUUCUCCACCUUUAAUACCUUCAAAAUGAUGUAGAGUUGGUAUGAAUCGUACAAAAAUUGACUGAGCUAUAGUUCCGACAAAAAGCAAGUUAAAGAUUUCGGUAUGGUCUAAAGCAAAACCACGGCAUAAUAUUUGUUAAUUUUUUCGUUUAAUAGGUCUUUCUGUGUUAUACCAUACAUGUAAUUUAGAACAAAAGAGAGUAGUCCAUAGAUUAGUAAUGUAGGUUUUGUAUAUAAUAACUUUUAUGGGAAUAACUUCUGUUAAUCUCACCAGUUAAUUAGCAACUUAGGGUAAGUACUCACUGGUCAGGAGAUUAAGAUUGUUGAUUGGGUAAUCAGGUUUAGUUUCUUCAUCAUACAUGUGUUCUUUUAAUCUUCGUCACAUGACUGAAUUAAAAUAUGGUUUUGCGUGUACAAUUAUAGGGCUACUGUUAUUUUCAGGUACUGUAAUGGUAUCAGAAUCUGAACCCCUAAUACAUGUAGAAUGUUAGAAAUUUCAAUUUCAUUUGUAACACUAGUAAGAAUAUGGUACUGUUACUAAAUGUCCAAAUAAAGGUGUUUUAAAUAUUUUAUUGCUAUUUUGAUCUUUUGGGUCGAUAGAUAAUAUAUUUAUAGACUCGUUUUUGUGAAAAUCUCAAUUUCGAUCAAAAUCAAUAUUUUCACUUUUAGCUCAAUUUUAGACUUUGCACAUUCCGACUCAUUUUGCCAGCACGGGUCACAAUUUUGCGAUCUUAAAAUGGUGGCCAUAAGCUACAUGUACAUGUAGCAUGUUACUCAUUCACUACCUGGAAUAUAUGUUUGUUAAUGUAUAAAUAGAUAAAAAAAUACGUCCAGGUAAAAAAUUCACCACUUUACUUCAUUCUGACAUACAAUGUACAUUAAAUCAUAUACACAUGUAAGCUAGCUGUCUGCCCUCUAUAGGUAGCUUCAGAUAUUAAUAAUGUAUACAAAAUUAAAUUUUUACCAUACAUAUAUAUACAUUGGUAGAAUAAUGUACAUGUGUAAAUACAUGUACAUCAUUAUUAAUUCAACUGAUCAUUCUGCUCACAACAAGGUCCACUACUUCAAUCAAAGUUUGAGACCUACAUGCAUGUGCAUGUAGCACUACGAUGGCAUUGUGAAUUAGUUAAUUACUGCAUACUACAUGUAUCGUUGCAGUUAAUAAACCUAGUGAAUUUUAUCCAUAAAGCUGUCUGUUACUAAUUGUCCCCCACCAUUCGAAGAAAGCAGGGGACUAUUAAAUGGGUCUUUCUGUCUGUCCGUCACACCUUUUCGGCCACAAUAAAUCUCCUAAUUGAGCUACAAUGUUCAAACUUGGUGUAGGUGUUUAUUAGGUGAAUGUCUUCCUUGAUGGAGUUAUGAGCAUUUUCUGCUUAGGGUAAGCAGAGAUAAGCAAUUUGAUUGGUUGAUGUUUUGAGACAUGAUAACUUUGGUUCUAAUUAAGUGAGAGUAAUGAAACUUAUCGAUUCAUUACAUUAAUACCUUGACUAAGUUCGAUAAUGAGCAUUUUCUGCUUUAGAGUAAAGAGUGAUAAGCAAUUUGAUUGCUUGAGACUUUUAAACAUGAUAACUUUGGUUCUAAUUGGAUGAGUAUAGAUUCAUUAUGUGAAUACCUUGACUAAGUUUGAAGAUGAGAAUUUUCUGCUUAGGCUAAGCAAAGUAGCGAUAAAGAAUUUGAUUGGUCAAGACUUUAAAACAUAACAACUUUGCUUUUAAUUGAGGAAUGUUCAUUAGGUGAAUAUCUCAACUAAGUUGAUUGAUUAACUAAAGCUAUGCAGAGCUAAGCAAUAAUAAUUUCUUUGGUCGAUGCUUUGGGAUAACUUUGAUUGUAACUGAUGAAGAGUGAUGAAACUUAAUGUGUAGUUUCACUACCGGGGUAGGUGGGUACCGGUACUUCAAAACCUUGACUGAGUUUGAUAGUGAACAUUUAUGCUUAAACUAAUUAUAGAUAAUCGGUUUGAUUGCUGGACACUUGAAAAAGAUAAAUAUGCAAUUAAUUAAUAUGUGUCAUCUAUUUAUUUGGGGAUUUCAGUGGAGGGCAUCAGCCUCGCUGUUGGCUUGUUAUUGUACAUGUAAUAUGCAUAUAUAUCCCUUAGUUUUGUCAAAUGUCAUUCCUGAUAAUAAUUAAAUUUUUACUAGUAUUGUGCCAAAUAAACUAUUUGUAAUAUUUAUUUUGUGUAGUUUUCCAUGUGAAAGAAAUAUAUAUAUAUUAAAAUAUAAGUUUUAUGAAAUAUAUUACAUAAGAAUUACUCUCAAGUAGGGCUGCGCUCUUUAAUUCAUGUUUUUUCUGCUGCUAAGAUUUCAACAUGUAGUGGUUCUUUAUCAAAGAGUAUCUUGAAAUUAUCUGUAUUUUUACCCAUGAAAUUUUAUUUCAUUGUAUUUAAAACCUUUGGAUAUUUAAAGAUGUAAUUCUUAUGGAUGCCUGAUUUUAUGGUAGUAGUAAAAUCAUGAUACAGGGUACAUUUUUUUUAGCUGGUCUACUUUAUCACUCUGGUCUUGCAGGUAUAGAGAUUAGACACUGUUUAUUUCUUGUAACCUUGUCAUAAUACUUUGCUUGUUUUUUUAGAGAUGACUUUAGUUAUAAAAUCCCUUUCACUCUAUCAUAUGUAGGGAUAUUAUUUCUACAUUUAAAUUACAUUUAGUUAAACAACUGUCAUUUUUUUUCUGUCAAAAAUAGCAUUUUUGGUUAAUAUUCAUCAUUUAAUAUUUACAUGUAAUUUUUUUUUUAUUGUAACAGCCUUAUUCUACAAUCAUAUGGAGCCUUGUAGUCAUAAACAUUAGUUACAUUAGACCAACUUAUUGUUCUCUUAUAAUUGACCCAUUUGUGAUAACUGUCUUUUCAGAAAAAAAAAUGACACACUUAAAAAUUGAAACAAAUGAUCAAGGAAUAGAUGCUAUACACAUAUCUAUUGAAAUGUAGAUAUGUAUGUUAUUGUACAAAUGUAUUUUCUCUCUAAUAACUUACAUGUUGUAUAUGUCUAGGCUACCUGGUCUUUACAACCAGUAAUCUUUACAUAAAACUGUGUUCUUUUUAUCUUACAUGGUGGUCACAUGCCCAAUAUAAAAUGUUUAUAUACAUAAAAUGUCA